AUGUUCGCCGUCGCCCUCCGUCGCUCGCUGGCGAGAUCAAUCCCGGGCCACCGCCGCACCUUUGUCUCGUCCGUGCUCUUGUCAAAGACCUGGGAAAAUGACACCGUCGCCGAGCUGAGGCAAGAGGCGAAAAAACGAGGCCUAUCUACGGGAAACAAAGCCAGUCUCGUAAUGCGUCUCCAGGAGCACGAGAGUGCCAACGUAUCAAGCGAGCGGAUGCCUCCACCGGCCACCCGAAGUGCCUCGACGAGUGCCAGUAGCUCACCAGUGGUAGAGCCAGAGGCACCCGGCAGACCGCAGCUACCCGAAUCUGCAGAGGAGCCUUUCUUCAACGUCAUUCUCCCAGAUGCUGCACAGCCAGAGCCAGAGCCUCAAGUCCAAAUACCUUACGUCCCCGACUUGUGGCACUCAUCUGAAAUCACAGAGUCUGCCGCCGCUGAGGAGAUAAUUCCCGAACCUAUCCUGCCAAAACUUGUCGUCGUUGCUGGCGAAGAAACCCAUCCCGGCGGCGGUCCAUCCCACAACCUCCUCGAUGAGCACGCACUCGCGGCAGAUGCUGAGACUUAUGCGUCGGAAGAUACUGCGCCAUCGUCUUCAACCUCGUCUACCAAAGCCCCAGCUGAGCAAGGCUUCUGGGGAGAUGUUGCCGAGGAUAUGGGGAUACCGCUCAAAGAAUUAAAAGGCUCAAUCUCAAAACUCUUCUCUUAG